AUGAAAAAAUACAUUCCUUGGUUUUCAGGUGGACCGUGCCAACGUAUUUUUAAUGUAACUACUCCAAACUCAACUGUCUAUAAUUCGAGUCCGCUGUCAGCUAUCGUUAGUGAUUUUAAUGAUGACACUCAACUGGACAUCGUUGUAGCAAAUUCUGGAACAGAUACAGUUGGGAUCUUUCUUGGGAAUGCAAAUGGUACCUUUCAAUCGCAGCUGACCUAUUCAACUGGUUAUAGAUCUCAACCAUAUUCUGUGGUAGUUGGUGAUUUCAAUAGUGAUAAUCAACCAGAUAUUGUAGCCGCCAAUUAUGGAACCAACAGUAUCGGCAUCCUAAUUGGAUAUGGCGAUGGAACGUUUGCAAUUGUUCGUCUCUUUUCGCUUGGUACUUCUCGGCCAGUGUCGGGUGCUGCUGCUGACUUAAACAACGACAAACACCUUGAUAUAAUCCUAGUAAAUUAUGACACUAGCAGAAUAGAUAUCUUACUUGGCUAUGGUAACGCAUAUUUUUCUAUCCAAGCGAGGUAUUCAACGGGUUAUGACUCCCAUCCGUGUUCCAUUGUUGUUGCUGAUUUAAACAAAGACAAUCGAUUAGAUCUUGUUAUCUCAAAUUCAGGCACUAAUAAUGUAGCCGUAUUUCUCAGCAAUAGCAAUGGAUCGUUCUCACUUCAAAAGCUUUAUAGCACUGGAGUUGCUUCGCAUCCAUCGUCAGUCGGCGUUGGUGAUUUGAAUGACGACAAACACCUAGAUAUUAUUGUCAGCAACGAGUGGGCUUCCAAUGUAGGCGUGUUUAUUGGAUACGGCGACGGAACGUUUGCAAAGAUAGAAAUAUCUUCCAUUGGUUUCGGAUAUUGCCCACAUUCCAUGGUUAUUGGAGACUUCAAUGAAGACCAUAUAUUAGAUGUGGCCGUAGCUAAUUCUGCCAAUAACACUAUCUUUGUACUUUCUGGAUCAGGUAAUGGGACAUUUACGAACAACGAGAUGUACUCAACGGGCUCUGAUUCUAUGCCGGUCUUUCUAAUCAGUGGUGAUUUCAAUGAUGACCAUCGAUUGGAUCUUGCGGCUAUUAAUAAUGGCACCAACACUAUCGAAGUAUUUCUUAGAUAUGUGAUGAAAACGUUCGCAAAUGAAACAAAGUAUCAAAUUGAGCCUUCAGAUAGUUGUAGUGCAGUUGCGUUGGGUGACUUCAACAAUGACAGUCUGCUCGAUAUUGUGGCCGCCGACAUUGCAAAUAAUAAUGUAGGUAUAUUUCUUGGAUACGGAGAUGGAACUUUUAGAGAGCCAAUUAUAUGUUCAACUGGGAAUGACUCGCAACCCACAUGGGUCGGCGUGGGCAACUUCAACGAAGAUAAUCUACUCGAUAUCGUUGUAGCGAAUAGACUAAGUGAUAAUGUAGGCUUAUUUUUCGGGUAUGGUAAUGGAACCUUUAGAGCACAAAUCACAUUACCAACUGAAACGGGUUCUCAUCCUCAAUCGAUCGCUGUAGAUGAUUUCAAUAACGACAGUAUACUUGACAUCGCUGUCGUCAAUAGUUAUCAUUUUAAUGUAGGCAUAUUUCUCGGAUAUGGCAAUGGGCAUUUUCGGGCCCAAACUACAUUACCAACUGGAGAUGGAUCGUAUCCUAUGUCGGUCACUGUAGGCGACGUUAACAAAGACAGUCUACUCGACUUAGUUCUUGCGAAUAGUGGUAUUGAUAGUAUGGGUUUAUUUCUAGGCAAUGGCAAUGGCACCUUUGGAGUGCAAACGAUAUUUUCAGCUGGCAAUGGCUCAAGCCCUAGAUGCGUAAUUCUGGGUGACUUCAACAAUGACAGCCUAUUGGAUGUUGCUCUCGCAAACAGUGAAGGUGACAGUGUUGGUAUAUUUCUUGGAUACGGCAAUGGAAGUUUCGAGAGAAUAGUGAUAUAUUCUAUGAUAGGGGGUUCUAUUCCGACAUCACUCAUACUUGGUGAUUUUAAUAACGAUAAUAUUUUAGAUAUUGCCGUAUCGAACCUGGGCACUAAUAAUGUAAGCCUGCUCUUUGGACAAGGCAGUGGUACUUUUGGAAUGAUAAGUAGCUAUUCAACAGGGGUUGGUUCUCGACCAAUCUCGAUUGCGACUGGUAAUUUAAACGGCGACAUUUGGCUGGAUAUUGUAGUGGCCCAUACUGGAAGUGAUAGUGUUGGUGUACUUCUCGGGUCUGACAACAUAGAUACAGCUAAUCAGGCAAGCUAUUCAACUGGAUCUGGCUCGCAUCCAUUCUCUGUUGUAACUAACGAUUUCAACAGCGAUAAUCUACUUGAUCUUUUGAUCGUCUAUUCAGCUCAUGACGACAUAGGUAUUCGUUUAGGAUAUGGAGACGGUACUUUCGCCGACGAUAUCAUAUACCCUGCGGAAGAUGGUUCGAGUCCUAGAUUUGCCACUGUAGGAGAUUUUAAUAACGACGAUCGAAUGGAUAUCGUCAUUGCCAAUAUCAUGACUGACAGUGUAACUCUAGCCUAUGGAUAUGGCAAUGGAACAUUCACAAACCAAAAUGUAUAUACUACCGGAGUCGGUUCCCAUCCAUACUUUCCUGCUGUUGGUGAUCUUAAUAAUGACAAUCGAUUGGACCUUAUCGUCUUGAAUCAAGGUACCAACACCGUUGGUAUUUUUCUUUCUUUCGACUAUGCAAUAUUCAGACAGAAUAGCUCAUACCCAACUUGGGGGUCUGGUCCAGCAUCAAUUGCUUUAGGUGACUUUAACAACGACAGUCAGCCGGAUCUUGCUAUCGCCAACUAUUUGAGUGACACUAUAAGUAUACUUCUUAGAAAUGGUAAUGGGGCUUUUGGAAUGCAACAUACGUUGUCAACUGGACUGAAUUCAUAUCCACGUUCGGUCGUUGUAAGUGACUUUAACAACGACAGUAUACUUGAUAUCGCUGUCGCCAAUCUUAUGGGUGAUAAUGUAGGUGUAUUUCUCGGAUAUGGCAAUGGAACUUUUGGAGUGCAAAUAACUUUUCCAACUGCAAAUACUUCUUGGCCCUAUUCGAUCGCUGUAGGUGACUUCAACAAUGACAGUCUACUGGAUAUCGUUGUGGCCAACAAUGGUGGUAACAAUAUAGGUAUACUUCUUGGAUAUGGCAAUGGAACUUUUCGAAAGCAAAUAACUUUCCCAACUGGAAAUAAUUCUACUCCUAAUUGGGUCGCUAUAGGUGACUUGAACAACGACGGUCGACUGGAUCUUGCUGUAGCAAACUAUCUCGGCAACAAUGUAGGUAUACUUCUUGGAUAUGGUAACGGAAGUUUUGCACAGCAAGUGAAUCAUUGA